AUGGGAUCGGGGGUGAGCAAAUCACAACAAACAAGACCAGUCAUCGGAUACUCAGAAGAUGGCAAUACGUCUGAAGCCCAGGUUUCUUAUUAUACAAAACGAGAAGAAUAUAAUUCAACGGGCACGCCAGCAACGAGCAAACUGAAUGAAAAUGGACCUACUAUUUCGGCGGUUGUAAUGUCGGCUAAAAAUAUGGCUGCUUUAAAAAAGAAAGAAAAGGAGGAAGCUAGAGAGAAUAUACUGUUAGAACAUCCAGAGUUGGCAGAUGCCAUGGAUUCUGUGCGUGAUUAUAUGCAGGAAAUUUCAAAUAAGAGAGACGAUGACGUCACAAGAAAAAAUAUGAAUUACAAUACUCGACAAACACUUGACCAAAUUUACAGUCUAUAUUUUGACUGCGAGGAACAGGAACACAAACGGAUACUGGGAGAUCAAUUGUCCCAAUACAAUGCAGGUCAAAUAUGUACUGAUUAUUUGAAAGUGUUAUCCGAAGAUGGUAUUAAUACUCCAACAAAAGGGUACGAUGCUGAUUGUUUGUACACGGUAAGGUCAGUUUGUUGGAAUUACUCUGAUGCAAGCCUAGAAUUCGCUGCAGAACUUGGAAGAACUGGAUCGUUUUCGAUUUUUAUCUCUGACAUUGUGACUUUCAAAAGCCAACUAGAUGAUGAUUUUAUUCGACGUACAAUUAUAGAGCCCAGUGUUGCCAUUCUACACAAUUGUGCAAAGGCUCCUGGCAGCAAAAAAUACUUCACAAGCGCAAAUGCCUUGGAUGCAAUUAUUCCUUACACGAAUGUCACAUAUCAAGAGCUGAAAAUGGUUGCAAUGAUGACAUUGUCGUACAUUAUUGAAGAAAAGGAUAAUGAUAAGAUUUCAGCAGAUGGUUCCAUGAUUGAAUUCAUCUUAAUGUAUCUGAAAGAGUCUAUCAACGGAAUUGACCACAAAUAUGAAGGAUUUUCAGCUCAUGAAAUUGUGUCUGGAAUAAUGCAUCUCGCUUCAAAUGACGACAACAAACUUAAAAUUGUGAAACAAGGAGUUUUGCCACUUCUGGUAGAAUUACUUCAAGAUGGUAAUGACGCUGAAAAGAAAAUCUGCGCCAAGACAGUUUGGGUGUUGUCAUUCAAAGACGAAAACAAACCUUUGAUACAAGAACAAGAAAACAUGAUGGAACUUUUGAAAGAACUAGCUGGGAAAUCAGGAAAAGCAAAAGAUGCUGCCGCUGGAGCAUUGUGGGUAUUAGCGAAUGUUGAAAGACUUGAAAAGAAACGAUCUAAAAAUGAGAAUAAAGGAUGA